GGGAAAAGAGCCUGAGUUGACAUGUAACGCUAAAAAUAUCCCCCCCUACCCAUCUCCCCCAGACCCACACUGUAUCUAUCACUUAUUAUUUUUCACAUUGGACAGCAGCGUGUACAGGGAAGGCGCGUGGAUACCUUUUACGCGCGGUUGUGCAAGUAAGUGGUUCAACGAGAGGUUGAUGCAAAAAGAGGGCGGUCAAAGUGUGACGGUUAGCAGUGCGCCUGGCUCCGGCAGCGAUUACUGUCACAGACUCACACGUGUAAUGUGUUAGGCACAUGCUUGGAAAGACCUCCGUGCAGCACUUGAUGCAAGCUUUGGUGAUGCCAUGCCCCGGAACCACAGCGGAGACGAAGUCGGCGGCACCGGGCUCUGGAUGAGGACGUCGCCGGGGCACCGCACUGAAGACUACGGCUUGAAGGAUGUGGAGUCCGGACACAGGAUGAUGAACAACGCGGGAGAAGGCUUGCUGUCAGCAGGUGCUCCCGGGUCAGAGAGCCUGCGGGGGAAGCAGGGCGCCCGGCUCAGCCUGCUGGGGAAGCCGCUCAUCUACAGCGCGCAGAGUGGCCGCAGGAACGUGCGCUAUCGGCGGCUCCAAAACUACCUGUACAACGUGCUGGAGAGACCGAGAGCCUGGGCAUUCAUAUACCAUGCCUUUGUGUUUGUCCUGGUGUUCAGCUGCCUGGUCCUCUCUGUGUUCUCAACCAUCCCGGCUCAUCAGGACUUCUCCUCGAACUGCCUCCUCAUUCUGGAGUUUGUGAUGAUCGUGGUGUUUGGGUUGGAGUACAUCAUGCGUAUCUGGUCUGCAGGAUGCUGCUGCCGCUACAGAGGGUGGCAGGGACGCCUCCGCUUUGCCAGGAAGCCUUUCUGCGUCAUAGACAUCAUCGUGCUGAUAGCGUCGGUGGCGGUGGUCUCGGCAGGAAGUCAGGGCAACAUCUUCGCCACCUCAGUGCUGCGGAGCCUGCGCUUCCUGCAGAUCCUGCGCAUGGUGCGGAUGGACCGAAGAGGAGGCACCUGGAAGCUGCUGGGCUCUGUGGUGUACGCACACAGCAAGGAACUGGUAACCGCCUGGUACAUCGGCUUCUUGGUUCUCAUCUUCUCUUCGUUCCUCGUGUACCUUGUGGAGAACAAGUUCAACAAAGACUUUGCUACCUACGCUGAUGCACUGUGGUGGGGCACGAUCACCCUGACAACCAUUGGUUAUGGGGACAAGACACCAAAGACGUGGACAGGACGGAUGCUGUCAGCUGGGUUUGCCCUCCUGGGCAUCUCCUUCUUUGCACUGCCAGCUGGAAUUCUGGGCUCAGGCUUUGCCCUGAAGGUCCAGGAGCAACACAGACAGAAGCACUUUGAGAAAAGGAGAAACCCCGCCGCCUACCUCAUCCAGUGUGUUUGGCGUAGUUAUUCGGCUGAUGAGAACUCGGUUUCCAUUGCUACGUGGAAGCCUCACUUGAAGGCAUUGCAUACCUGCAGCCCUACGAAGAAGGAGCAGGGAGAGUCGAACACGAGUCAGAAGUUGAGCUUCAAGGAACGGGUGAGGUUGGCGAGCCCCCGGGGUCAGAGCAUCAAAAACAGGCAGACAUCUUCAGUGAACGACCGGUGCUCUCCGGGGGCCGAUGCUGGGACGGAGGGCACGAGCCCCGCCAAGGUGCAGAAGAGCUGGAGCUUCAACGACCGCACACGCUUCAGACCCUCGCUCCGCCUUAAGAGCCAGUCCCGCUCCACAACUGACGCAGACUCCAGCAUGGCAGGGGAGGACGGCUACGAUGAGAAAGGCUGCCACUGUGAGAUCUCAGUGGAGGACCUGCUGCCCUCCGUCAAGGCUGUCAUCAGAGCUGUCAGGAUAAUGAAGUUUCAUGUCGCCAAGAAGAAGUUUAAGGAGACCCUGCGUCCUUACGAUGUGAAGGAUGUGAUCGAGCAGUACUCUGCCGGCCACCUGGACAUGCUGUGCCGCAUCAAGAGCCUGCAGACCAGAGUGGAUCAGAUCCUAGGGAAGGGCCAGAUCCCUCUGGAUAAGAAGAUUCGGGAGAAGCUGCUCUCUGAUGGAGAUAUUUUGGAGGACAUGAGCAUGCUGGGUCGAGUCUGUAAAGUGGAGCGGCAGGUAACGUCGAUUGAGUCGAAGCUGGACUCCCUGCUGGACAUUUACCGUCAGGUCUUGCGUAAAGGCUCGUCGUCGGCCCUCACGCUCUCCUCCCUGCCGCUGUUCGAGUUGGAGCAAACCUCUGACUACCACUCCUCCGUCUUUAGUAAAGACCUCUCCAGCUCCACCCAGGUCAGCGGAGUGCCUCCCUCUGUCCGCUCCUCCACCACCUCCCACCUCUCACAGGGAGGACUCCACCUCAUCCUGGCCCCGCCGAAUGAGCUCAACCUCAACGCCUCCUCCUCCACCGGCCUCGCAUCCUCCUCCUUUAGCCCGUCUCCGCUGCCGCAUCACCACUAUCACCGCCGCCGCCACCCUCAUUACCCCCGGCCUCAUCACACCCAGGUCACUACGCCGGAAAGUGGCACUGACGAGGCUGUGGGGAGCUCUCCACCCAUCCUCACCCCAAAUAGUAUCAGCAGUGGCGGUGGAGUUGAAGAUGGAGGGUUUCCACUUCUGGCGAGGCUUCCGCCCCCGCCCCCUCCCAGCCGGAGUGGGGGCCCAAGCUACUUGCCACGAGCCACUUCAACAGAAAUGUCCCCUGACCUUGAGGACUUUUGUGGAGGUUUAGGGAUGCAGAUGGAGGACAGCGGUGUUGGAGAGGGCCCCCGGAUGGGGCUGAGCAGAUUGGGGCAGAAGCUACAGGGCAGCACCAACAGCAACGGCCAGUUGAACCCGAAGGAGGAGGGCUCCUGGAGGAGACACAUGAGCCUGGAGCUGCAGCCCCUGGUCCCGUCAGACCUUGGCUGCUGCUCCGGCCCCAGCCCCAGCCAGGUGAACCGAGGCUUGGGCAAGUCCCUGUCUGUUCAGGACCUGAUGCAGGCGGCCCCAGGAACCGUCCAGGACCCCGUACAUGGCCACAGCCUCUCGUCUCCAAGCCCCAGUACGAGCAGUGACUCUCCCAUCGGCUUCAACAGCCAAGACCCUGGGGGAGGGGGGGGCGGUGGUACUGGCAGGAGUGGUGGAGGAGGAUGGGGUGAGGAGGACCUCUUUAUCAGCGACAGGGACCUGGAUGCGCAAGGAUUUGACUUCCUGUCACUUGGGACUGCUGAGGCCCAAACCUACUCCUCGGAGCUCCUGCGGACAGACAGCAGAUUGGGGGCCAGAUCCCAGGGCCCGGCCAGCGCUCACACCUCCUCGCCCUCUGCUGCCAACACCGAAUUGCUAAACACGCCCCAUGUGCGGCUAAAAUAAACUUGCCUCCAUGCUCAGAAGGCACACAAAUGUCACCUCACAGACGGUUUAUAUCUUUUUGGGAGGGAGAGGGGGGGCGGGACCUCUGUUGUUAGUUAUCAUGUGGCUCCAUUUUGAAGAAUCACAGUGUUUUCAUACAGGCGGAUCAAAAAUCAUUGCAUGAGUUUUAAAGUGUGAUUGACAAAUCUGAAACAAAAGAUGAACACCAGAGAAAACUGAACCUGGUCCUGAGAGGCGGCAGGUUGAUAUGUGACCUUGUGACAGAGCAUGAGCGAAGCAUGAUUUCAGACAGAUGUACUGAGGUUAGCAAGUUUACACAGUAAGAAGGCAUGGCAACAUGAAGUUAUGGAACAACUUGUGUAAAAAAAUGGGGAAAAGAAUGGGACCAAAGGUGCCCACAUACACAAUCACAGGAAAGGCAAACUAAAGUAAAUGUUACCUCACCUUCAGCGAACUCUAUAAUCUCGGGUCUUAUAUUUUAUUCUCAUAAUAUUUUAUUCUGUCCAUUUUAUAAAAACAGAUGACCUCUUGAAGUUUAAUACUUCCUUCAUAUGAAUUACUGUCCUCUAAAACCCCACACCACAGGACCAUAACAGUGUACUUUUUGUAUUUUAAAAUAUAAGAUAAAUUACCUAAGCAUUCUAUGCGUCCACCAACCAGUACAGUUGCAGUUUAUAUGUCUGUGCAAAAUGUCAAGACAUCAUUUUAUCCUAUUUCACAUUUGUAUAAAGUUAUCAUAAUUAGCGUUUAAAUUGUUGGCCAAAAACGUGUCUUGUGAGGUCACAGUGACCUUUGAACUUGUACAACCAAAAUCCCAUCAGAUCAUCCUUGAGUCCGAAUGGAUGUUAAUACCAAAUGAAGCAGAGAUGUGACCAUAAGACUGAAAACCCUAAAACAUAUGGCCUCCACUCACGGCUGCCACUGGUGCCGGCAUCAUGAGAGUGAAGUCAUUCUCAGAAAUGACUUGAAGCAAGUUCAGUCAAGUUUUAAAAGUCUGGAAACUGAGUUGCAGCAUACUACCUACAAUUUCGUUCGAAACAUUUCUGAAACACAGCAUGUCAUUUACAGUAAAUAGGCUAAAAUGUGCAAAAAAACAGCUGACUGGUCCUUUCAUUUUUUUAUAAAAAAAUGGUGGGAAUCUUUGUUUUGGAACUGAUUGACAAACAAAUCUGGCUGUUGAUGAGUACAACAGAAAAGAGAAAUGACAGUAUUGCUCCUGCCAAAUAUUUGGAUUUCAUUUUUGCAACCAUGUUCGAAGCACACACACGCAUGUACACACCACCUGUAAACGCACAGUCAACAUUCAGAUCAGUCGUGCAUGGCGAGUUGGUUUUCCGGCUGAUGGAUUGAAAAACAUUUUGAAUGUCAUUGCUUGUUUUGAUGUUUUGUCAGAAAAUGUGUUUAAGAAAAAAGCACUCAGUUUGGAAACGGAUACACUAAAACAAAUGUUCAGAAAUGUACCUUUCUAUUACAUAUGGCUUUUUCCACCUAGUAUAUGAAAGCAAGAUGUCUUAUUUAAAGAGCCCCUAUUAUGCUUUUUGGGGUUUUCCCUUUCCUGUAGUGUGUUAUAGAGGUUUCUGUGCAUGUAAAUGGUCAGCAAAGGCUAAAAUCCCUGUGUUCCUUCAAGAGGGAUUUUCUCUCCCACACAUUCCCCCCCUUCCUGAAACGCCUUCUUUGGGCUCCUUUGUUUCCUUCCAUAACUUAAUGACAUCGCUAUGAAACACUCAUGCUUCUAUUGGCUAGCACUCCAACACAUUGUACUUGAUAGGCUAAGAGGCGGGACAUCUUAGCUGUUGACUUAUCACAACAGAGAAAGUGAGGUAACCAAUCAGAGCAGACUGGGCUCUGGUUUGAGACAGAGGGUGAAAAGUAUGUAGGCACAAAAUACAGAUAUGAACCUGAAAAUGAGCAGAAUAUGUCCUCUUUAAACCAUGUUUUUUUUCAUACAGUGUAAUGUGGGAUUAUUUUUAUCUCUUUGAAAUGGACUCAGAAUGUAUUCCUGUUGCAUGGUACAGAAUCAGGGGAAUCAUUAUAAUGCCGCCAGCUGCAGGUUAAUACCCACAAAGCAUCCAAAGCCAGUGGUGAACUCUCACUCAUAGCUUCUUAGUACCUCAAAGACCCACAUCCAAGAACAGAAUAUGUGAAGUAGUUUGGGGUCAGUUUGCUUUCAAGAGAUUAUAUUUUCUUUGAGAUAUUUCAAUAUAUUUUGCAUGAAGAGGUUGCCAUAUCCAGACCUAUCUGUAACUGAUGAUGAAUGCCAUUGUCAUUAAGACAUAUCACUAUUUAUGGUCCGAGCUGAUUGCAUCAGAAGUGCAGACCUUGAAAUGUGCAGCACAUACAGCAUAAUGGUGCCUUGCUUUUUUGGUACAUAUUCAUCUCCAUAUUUACAUUUUUUUUAAAGCUCAUUAGGUUCCUCCGAACAUAAAUGGUGGCACUGUCUUUUUCUUUUCUUCUAAAUGUUCUGACCUUUACAUUUUAUUUUUAUUUUAUUCAGAGAUCAUUUUGCUACUGGUCAUAAAACAGGCUUUUGACAUGUUAACCCUCUGUCUAGUGUUUUUUAAUUUAUUUAAAUUAUAUGCACAUACUUACACACUUGUAAUAAUCUAAGUAAGACUUAUGAAGCCUGUAAUGUAAAGGAAAUGCAAGUGAACUUUUAUUCUCAUUCAUCAAUAAAGGAAAUUCUAUGAA